UGAGGAUGGGCUGGGUAAGAUGGGUCUCAAUGAGAGGGCGCUGCGCAUCUGCAGGGCCGCCGUCGCGCAUGCGAACGAAGCCCAGACGGCUAGAGCCGCCACCACCGCUGCCGCCGCUGCUGCCGCCCCUGCUGCCGAAGCUGCCACCUCCACUGCCGGGAGCAUGAAGGACCGAACCCAGGAGCUCCGUACGGCAAAGGACAGCGACGACGAUGAUGAAGUCACUGUUACCGUGGACCGAGACCGCUUCAUGGAUGAGUUCUUCGAGCAGGUGGAAGAGAUCCGGGGUUUCAUCGACAAGAUCUCAGAGAAUGUGGAAGAGGUGAAGAGGAAACACAGCGCCAUCCUGGCCGCCCCCAACCCUGAUGAAAAGACAAAAGAAGAGCUGGAAGAACUCAUGUCCGACAUAAAAAAGACCGCCAACAAAGUCCGAUCCAAGUUAAAGAGCAUCGAGCAGAGCAUUGAGCAGGAGGAGGGACUGAACAGGUCUUCUGCAGACCUGAGGAUUCGGAAGACACAGCACUCAACAUUGUCCCGGAAGUUUGUGGAGGUCAUGUCCGAAUACAACGCCACCCAGUCUGACUACAGGGAGCGCUGCAAGGGCCGAAUCCAAAGGCAGCUGGAGAUCACUGGCAGAACCACCACAAGUGAGGAGCUGGAGAACAUGCUGGAGAGUGGGAACCCUGCUAUCUUUGCUUCUGGGAUCAUUAUGGACUCCAACAUCACAAAGCAAGCCCUGAGCGAAAUCGAGACGAGGCACAGCGAGAUCAUCAAGCUGGAGAACAGCAUUCGAGAGCUUCAUGACAUGUUCACAGACAUGGCCAUGCUGGUGGAGAGCCAGGGUGAGAUGAUUGACCGCAUCGAGUACAAUGUGGAACAUUCUGUGGACUACGUGGAACGAGCUGUGUCAGACACCAAGAAAGCUGUCAAAUACCAGAGCAAGGCCCGAAGGAAGAAAAUCAUGAUCAUCAUCUGCUGCGUGAUCCUCGGCAUUGUCAUCGCCUCCACGUUUGGGGGCAUCUUCGGAUAGACUCUCGCCCCUCCCCGUCUCCGCCAACUCUGGACCGUCCACGACGAGGAGGUGCCAACAGCUGCUGCUAACCACUGGGGCCCCUGGGGAACCGCCUCCCCCACACCUUGGGGCCCAGAGCCCCUCCCCCCUUGUGCUCGUGCCGCCCCCCUCCCCACCACACCACAAGGGCUGGCCCCCUCCCAGAGCAGCUGAGCCACAUCAUGUGCAUGAUCUCAUUGUAACACUGUGUGUGUCUGUGUGGAAGGGGCAUUUGGACCUUGGGGGACGAGGGGCAUGGGACAGGGGGUGGAAGAAGGGUUAGGGCCCUCACUACAUGACUGGAAAACGAGCAGAUGGAAUCAGGAAAGGCCAGGAAGAACCACUGAGAAUUCCCCAGACCCCUAGUUCCAGGGCCCUGGAGAGAGAGGUAGGCUGAGCCAGGCCAGGCACGGGACGCCUCAGGCCCUCCCCAUUCAUCCCCUUGGUGACCUCCACCCUGGGCUGAGCUGCCAAGCCCAUCUUCCCGGCCCUAGUUCAGGGCCGACCCCUCAGCCCUUCUCUGACCUUCAACUGCCCCAUCCUGAAUCGAGUCGAGCAGUGGCCGAACUAGGGGAGGGGCCACUUGGUGCUGAUGCCCUCUUCUCAGGGAGCAGGGAGCCUCGAGGGCCCACUGGGGUAACACUGCUGAUCACUGCCAGGCCGAGUUCAGGGCGAUGCCCCCUCUCCAGCUUCCUCACAGCCUCUGGCUCAUCUCUGAGAGCCCAGAGGAAAUUCUAGAACAUCCAGGCCCAUCCCUACCUUGCAUCCACCCCACAAGCCCAAAGGGCAAACCUUUCUCCUGCCCCUCUCCCCGGGGGCCGCCCAGCCUCUGUUCCCCCUCCCCCUGGAAAUCCCGAGAUGGGGGGAGGGAGCGGCCAGUCGGGCCUCGGCUCCCGAGGGGAUCGCCUCCAGCACCCUCGUCCAGCCCUUGGGGAUGGGCCCCCUCGCCCGUGUCUGUGGCAUGUACAGGGCACGCUCCCUGCCUCCCGUGCUCCCCUGUGCUUGUGCUCCACCUCCGCCUCCUCCCUCGCUUGCGUGCCUUGUGCCAGGUUUGAUGGGGGUCUCAUCGAUGCAGUAUUCAACAGCCAGCAGGGGCCCCUCCCCCACUGUUUGGGACUUUGGGGGAAGUUUCCAAACAAAAUGCCUGCUUGAAGCUGCCCUUGCCUGUUUCUUCCCCCUUUCUCCGCCCCCUCUGUGGGGGUGCCUGGGCAGGCACAGGUUCAUGGGUGCACCCAUCCUUCCCCGGGUGGGGGCGAGGUGUGUGUGUGUGCAUGGUGCCCUCUGUGCCCCUGCCCUGCUGAGGCUUUGCCCCUGCCCAGUGCCUGUGGUCGCUGUCCUGUGCUGCUUCUUUUACAGCCGCCGCCCGCCCCAUCACCCUUCCCUUCUCACCAAAGCUCUUGGUGCAACCAGCCGCCCAUUUUGUGGAAUUUUUAUGUAGAAUAAACAUUUGUAUCUGU